AGCGACCAUCAGCAAGUCAAAGGCUGAAAGAAAAGACAAAUCCCGAAAGAGAACGAGACGUGGUGGAGGGCAGGAAAUUGCGAGUUUUUAAAAGCCAAUCUCUGGUGCUUCUGUGUGGACCAAGGUGCAGUGUUUGCGAAGGCGAAAUGUGGGACACAAGGUCUCUCGAGAAGAUGGUGAACAGGACGACUCUAAGCACACAGAGAGUGCUCCACACACACAUUCUGGAACUAGGAGAACAGUUAUGUCCAUGGUCAUCUCCCAGUGCUACACAUGACCACCUAAAAUUGGCUCCAAACUUGGUCAAUUCGCAGCCUGCGAUUGGACAGGAGCAGCCAGACGGCCUCGCCAUGCAGGAAUUUAAGCAGUUGGCAGAGAAGGAGAAACGCACUGCCCUUAGACUCCAAGAGGAGAGUCUGCAGGCCCGGUUUCAAGAGGCUCUGCGAGCAAGGGACAGACUGGAGGCUGAAAUGAGGCGGGAGCUCCAGGUCGAGCUGCAGGCCCAGUUCAGAGCUCAUUGUGAAGGCCUGAGGGCUCAGAUGGAGGAAGAGAAGGUCCAGGCCGUAGGGGAGGCCUGCAGGAAGCUGCAAGAACAGCUGCACAAAGAAGCAGAGGAGACCAGAGAGAAAAUAAUUCACACUGUACGAGAAGAGACACAGGAGUGUGUGAGGAGGUGUGUGCAGGAUGCCGAGAGAAGUAUUCGUGAGGAGUGCGACAUGAAGGCAGAAAGAGAGAAACGGGCCCUACAGGACAAACAUGAAGAGGAGAUAUCUGAGCUACAAAACAGGAUACAGCAGCUGCAGGACAGUCUGGAGCAGGCCUGCGGGGAGCGCAUUCAGUAUGAAGCAGAGUUUAAGAAGGUGCAGGCCAGCUAUAGGCGCUUUGUGGACUUGACUGAUUCCUCCCUUCACUCUGAUUACCUUUUAAAACUGCGCAGACUGGGGAAAGAGCCAGGUCUCAUGGACACUGCGACACAGACUGAUGAGAUCACCUCCUAACUGUGAUCUUGUGAUGCCAGUGUUCUCACAUCACACUGUCUGGGUAUUUGACAUGACAUGUGGACAAAGCACUGUCCUCGCUGUACUUUAUCUAAACCAUUUUAAACAUUUGUACACUACCAGUCAAAAGUUUUUGAUUUGGAAUGUUUUUAAAGAAGUCUCUGCUGCUCACCAUAAUGAAAUGAUAAUGAUUAAUACUUUUAUUUAGCAAGGAUGCUUUAAAUUGAUCAGAAGUGAUGAUAAAGACGUUUAUAAUGUUAAAAAAGGUUUCUAUUUCAGAUAGAAUAUAUUAGAAAUAUUAGAUGAUUUCUAAAGGAUCAUGACCGGAGUAAUAAUGAUAAAAAUCCAGCUUUAAAAUCACAGGAAUAAAUUACACUUUAAAAUAUAUUCAAAUAAAAAAGUUAUUUUAAACAGAAAAUUUUUUUCAACAUUUCACUGUACUUCGGAUCAAAUAAAUGCAUGCUUGGUGAGCAGAAUGCUUUUUUUUUUUUUUUUUUUUUUUU